AUUGGGCUGAUCAUACAGCGAGUACUGUACAUGGUCACCAUGAAUUCUGACGAAACGGUGAAUGAAAACUUACGGCUUCAGUUCAAGGCUCUGCAGGAACAACAGCAGAAACGCCUGCAGAGACUGAUGGAGAGAAAGAGAGAGAAAGAACUACGGCAAAGUCAGAAAGACGAAAAUCAGAAAUCCACUUUUGGGAUAGAAGACGAUCUAAAUCUCAUUAAAAAAGGAGACAGUUCUUUGUCUGACAUAAGCAAAAGGCUUCUGGAAGAUGAGAAUGAGCAGCUCCAGAACCAGUUACGUGAAACCAAAGAUGAAAACGGUAGAUUGCACAAACUGCUAAAGGAGAAAGAAUUUGAGAUCAAACAUCUCAGGAAAAAAAUGGAAGAAAGCAAACUAGCGCUUGCAGGGACCGCAGGUAUGGCUGGGGACGUCGCAGCAACUAAAAUUGUUGAACUGUCAAAGAAAAAUCGUGAACUUACAGCAGAAAUGGAGAGUGAAAAAACCAAAGUAAAACAGUUGAACAACAAACUUAAAGAAACCGAGAAAGAGCUUCAGAAUAUGACAGGGAGACUUCAGUGUAGUCCGGGAAAGGAUUCUGGAAAUGGACAGCCAGUGCUAAGGACUGUGGAACAAAAUAAAAUAGAGAAUUCAGAGAUUAAAGUUUUGCAAGAAAAAUUAUCCACAGCCAAUAUGAAACUGACCGAAUAUCGCAACCAAAUCCAGUCCUUGAAGCAGGAGCUGAAGAUGGUCCACAAGGUCCUAGUAAAUGAAAUAGGUGAUGAUGUGAACAUACCCCAGCUGAUGGCAUCGGCAGGGACCUGGAGGGGGCGCUCACAGCAGAUCCUGGCCUUACAGGGCAGGGUCCGUGAGCUGGAAAAUCAGCUUGGCCAAGGAAGAAGUCCAGGGUCUGGGUUGAGUUUGGAAGAAGAAAUGCUGGGAAUCUCUGCCUCAAAGAGAUAUGGUGCUCAAGAAAAGAACCUGUAUCGUUUACGUGUUGUGGAAAAAGACAAGAAGGAGACGCUGGAGAAAGUCACAGGGGAACAUGAAGCCCUGAAGAAGGAUCACGAGGACCUGAAAAAGAAGCUGGAUGCCUCAAAGGCCAGAAAUAAAGUGCUUUCUAAUGAUGUGAGAUCACUGAAGAUGCAAAUAGCAACACUAGUAGAGAAAGGAAAACAUGACGAUGAACUUGUAGACGCAUUGCUGAGCCAGCAGAAGAGCAUGCAGGAGGUCCUACACCGUCUCAGCCAACAGGACCAAAAAGAUAAGCAAUCCACCGAAAUGCUGGCGUCACAGUUAAACAGUGAGACUCAGAAACAGAAUUCCCUGGUUGCUCAACUGAAGGCAAUGGUGGCCGAACGAGAGGCCAAAGUCAAACAGCUCGAGGAUGAGGUCAAACAGCUGACACUAACAAUGCAUCUAGACAAACCACACAGCGGGAGAAGUUCUGAUGGUCAGAAAUCUGGAGAUGUGACAUCAGCAAGAUCAUCAGCUUCUGCCAGAUCAUUGUCGGAUUUUCGUGCAAGGCAUGGCUCGGGCAGUAGGGCUAUUUCCAAUAUGGGCCAUGAACUCGUUGACAGCGCAGCCACCAAGCCAGAUAAUGCUGUUUCCGCACGGAGCAGUUCAGAGUUUCACGCACUGCAGACGCAGGUUACGCAGUUUAGGGCACUCUGUCAAGCAGCCGAAGUGGAGAGAGACAGGUUAAUGGAGCUGGUUUCUGUCCUGCAGAGAAGGGUCGAAGAGAGCACCCAGAAAGCUCUGCAAGCUGAGAAGAAGCUUCAGGAAGAGAGGCGGCGAUCUGUCCUUCUGGAACAACAGCUUGAGAAAAUGAGAAUUGACAUGUCAAAAAAUACUCCCACCCGAGGAAAGAUGGGUCAGUCUCUCACUAGCUCCAGACACCUGCUGAAUUUCUCUGAAAGAACAGAUCAGUCCUACACACAGACCUCUGAAGUUCCCCUGGAGACUCAAAUAGAGGAGCUAAAUACAAAGGUGGCCAUUCAACUGGAUGAAAAUGAAGCUUUGAAAACGGCACUAAAGGAAACUCUAAAAACAAAAGGGGAGGAUCUUAAACUGUACCAUGAAAUGAUUGGGGAAGUGAAACAGAUCUUCCUGCAGGCUCUGCGCCAACACAAGCAGGAUCGAGGAUUGUCUAGUGACUAAGCCAUCACAUUCUAACUGCAAACCUUGACAUGGUUAACAAACCCAUACAAAGGGGAACAAUGUCUGUAAUAAGAAUAAUAUUACAGAAAUUCAAACCGCCAUAAAACGUGGCUAGACGUGGAUGACAAAUUGCACCAUGGAUACGGAUAUUAAAGCUCAGCCAUAAGUUUAUGGCAUUUAAAGACCAUUCUGCCAAGCAAUUAUGCUGAAAGACAUUAAGCAUUUUACAGCCAGCGCAGUGAAGAUUACGUUUCCAUCUACUGGCGCUCUGAGCGUCAUCAGAUAAUGAGGUUUAUUCACUAAACAGUGACAUGCAGUGAACUGAUAACCAAGCUGCAAAAAUUGCCAAGUUUAGAAGAAAAUCCCAUUCAGGUAUAUUGGCCUGAACAAUGCAAAUUGGUUAAUAGGCCGCUUGUCACUGUUUAAUUAAUAAUUAAUCAAACGCAGUUCAUGAAGUUUGGAUGAUGAAUAUGUAUUGUGAGGUUGUUGGUGAACAAGUGAAUCUCCUAAAUGAUCUCCAAAAAGACUUAAUACAGAAAACCUUUACUGGACAGGAAUGUUAAUUCCCAAACAGGGAAGCGUUUUACAGAAGGCUUCAUUCAGGAUUUAUCAGAUUGUGGUAAAUUCCAAUCAAAAUGACCAACUUUAGUAAAAAAUAACUGAUCUGAAAAAAGAAUCAGCUCACUCAUAGUCACAGGGCGGGUACUUUAACAUUUAACAGUUUACAAUUCAUAUUAUUUCAGUGUUUAGUCAGUAAAUCCCAGAGACUCUCUCUCUUUCUCUCCCCUAUGUUACCAGCAGGAGCCACCAUCACUUACUCGUGCAAGAUAAUUCUAAAUGAGUCACUAAAAUGGAAAUUGUGACAGUGUAAGUUCAGCAACUAUUGUUGGGCUGUUAAAUUACCUGAUUUGGAUAGUUUUUCCAAUUCAGCAAUUUUGUCCAUAAAUUAGCAAUUCUUGUAAGUUUUCCACAAUUUCUAGAUUAGUAAAUCAUUGCCAAUAGCGAUAGCAAAGAGCUUACAUUAGCCAAUUAAAUGGCAGGACGGACUUCUAACUAGAGUCCACAGAACCUGGAGAUACAUGAUUGAGCCUUGGAGGGGGAGAGGGUUCAUUUUACUACAAUUCUUAACAGAAAUUCAGGAUCCAACCUUUUUAAGAAAGAUGUUCUAAGUAACUGGUUAGCUGUAUUAUCAGACUACAUUAUACUUUUAGGUGUUUGCUUCUCAUUGAUGAACAUUUAAAGUUCACACAUCUUUACAUCUUUGCUUUUGUUUCUAUUACAUUUAGUUGUUUUACUUUCUGGAGAUACAACAGGAAUUGUCAUUUAAAUUGUUGAAAGGUACAGGACUCAGCGAUCUGACUAUCAAACUGGUCCUUGCUCGUGGUUAUUGCACAGACUCUUGAAUUGUGCCUGAAGUCUCAUUUUUUGUUAUUGUCGAUUAAAUCGUUAAAGCUUACAAUACAUAGGCCAUCUGAUUGCCAUGGUGUCCCUCAGACUUCUGAUUUGUGCAUUAAGUUGUUGAUGAGUUAUUCCGGCUGGUGGUGAAACAAUGAACUUACUGUCCCCAGCUGUCAGGGAAGUGAAGGAUGAGCCUGGAGUGAAAGGGUUAACCUAUCCUUACUUGCCACAGCCUGGGAU